AUGGCGACCUCACGACUGGCGAGAUUCAUAACCGAGGUUGCGCCACCGCAAGUUGUCACGGUGAUGCGGCGAAGAACGGCGAAAGUACUCGACACGAUCAAGGAGGAAGAAAGAGAAGUUGGGACUGAUCAUUCCAUGUUUUCCUCUUCUCUGACUUCCAAAGUCUCACCCUUUACUUCUCCUUGUUCUGCUUCUUCCUCCUCUGCUUCAUUCAGUUCCGGUCGGACGUAUUUCCCGGUUACAGAUAACCGGAGCUCUUUUCCGGUAUUCAAGAAUUGAAACCAAUUCCACCAUCUUCUGCUGAAAUAAUGGUUUUUCAGAUGUAAUUAUGUCUAUGGUUGCGUUGUUUUCGGUAGUUUGUGUAUGUAAAUCUUGAUUUCCCGGUGAGCUCCGGUGAUUCGGUUGAUCAAAACCGGAUCAUCAUAGUGAAGCCUAAACCGGUUAACUCUAAUGUAUGUGGAAGUGGAAGGGACUUUGUUCGUUUUCCAUGUAUUGUUUAAUGAAAUGAGCCCAAAGUCUAGUA